ACCGCCGCUGUGGCCUGAGGAGGCGCCAUGGCUGCGCGGGCCUGAGGGGAGGGGGUUUCGGCCGCAUGGGAAGAGGUGUGUGUCCGCUCGUGGGCCUGUGUGGUCCGCUCUGAGCACGGUCUGUGCAUUGUGCCCCGUUUCUAAAAGGGGAGCUGCUUUGGGGGAUUCGGAGGACAUGUACAUCCCUGUUAAAAGGAGAAGAAUUAACUUUAUGGAGAAGCUUGAAAGGAAACAGACAUGGCGAGUGGCCACAGAACUCCCAUAGGCCGUCCUCCUUCAAGAGCAAGGCCAUCCUCUGCAGCAAGGGCUCCAUCAGCAGCCAGGAUAGGAACAGGGAUGCCUCCCAGUACAUCAAGACCUGGUUCUCGUGCUGGUUCUUCAACUGCAAGUGGAAUCUUGUCACCUCACAUUAAAGUGGCAGACCGCCCAGUCACACAGCAGGGAUUAAGUGGAAUGAAAACUGGAAUGAAAGGUCCUCAGAGACAGAUAAAGGAUAAAACUUAUUAUCUUGGACUGCUGAGAAGCAAAACCAGUGAACUCACAUCAGAAAUUAACAAGCUGCAGGAAGAAAUAAAAAUGUACAAGCAAGAGAAAGCUGCUUAUUUGUCAUAUGAGAGAAGGGCAGAGGCUUUAGCUGGUGAAAUCAAAGAAUGGCAAGGUCAGCUAGAGGACUACAACAUGGUUGUGGAUCUACUUAACACCAAUACAGACAUAGCAGAAGUGAUUCGUGAUUACAAUUUGUUAAAAGUUCAGAAUGACCGAGAUGCUCAAAGCGUGGAUAAAAUUUUCACAGAAAGACAAGCCACAGAAAAGUUAAUUCAAGCCGUGGAAGAAGAUAUUGAACGUGAAAAAGCUGCAGAUGACAUAAUAAAAGAAAUGACUGAGGAAAAUCAAAUUAAAUAUAUGGAGAUGAAGGCUGCAAAUGAGAAGGUGUCCCAGGAACUGUUUGCUCAACAACAGGAAUUGGAUGCACUAAGCAUGAAGGAGGUGUCUCUGAGAGCUGAAAUAGCACACUCCCCGGUGAAACUGAAGGCAGUGCAGCUGUAUGAAAAGCUCAGUGAACUUGAAGAACGUCGGGAUCAAAUGAUUGCUGAGGACAAGAACAUGGAAUCUCCAUGGGAAGAAAGGGAGAGAUUACUAAAGCAGGUUAAAGAAGAUAAUCAAGAAAUAGCAAGCAUGGAAAGACAGCUGGCAGAAGUAAGAAAGAAAACAAGCCAUUUUAAAAAGAUUAUUCAACAACUUGAUAUGGAUUUGGAGAAGCGUCAAGGUGAGGAAAACCGGAAAUAUAAGGAGCUGAAGAAGAGAGAAGAAAGCAUGGACAGUUUUCUUGAAACUUUUGAAGAGGUGAAGAAUCAGGAACUGGAGCGAAAGGCCCAAAUAGAAGCCAAUAUUAUUGCACUCCUGGAGCACUCAAGUAGGAAUGUGAACCGUAUGAAACAAAUUUCAUCUGUUACCAAUCAAGAGCUGAAGAUCAUGCAGGAAGACCUCACUUUCAAAUCAACUGAAAUGCAAAAGUCACAGAACACUGCUAAGUAUCUGCUUACAGAAAGUCAAAAGCUGCAAAUGGACCUGCAGAAGAUGGAACUUCUGGAGGGCAAGAUGACUGAUGAAUUGGCUUCACUUAAAGAGAGAAUUGAACAAACCACAGCAGAAUUGGACGUUUAUAAAGAUUUGCCAGCUCUGAAAGCAUCAGGAGAAGAGAAGAAAAAGAGACUACAGGAUGACAAAGAAAAAUUAACAAAACUUCGCCAUGGUUUCAAGAAAGUAAUGGAAACCUUGAAUGCAGAAUAUGAGACUCUGAGGAGAGAGUUGCAGGAGAAUGAGACCCAUUCUCAGCUUACGAACUUGGAGAGGAAGUGGCAGCACCUAGAGCAAAAUAACUUUAUGAUGAAGGAAUUCAUAGCAACAAAAAGUCAGGAGAGUGACUACGAGCCAGUAAGGGAAAAAGCGAGAAAGCUGGUCACAGAAUACAACAAAGCAAUCAUAGAAGCUUUACAGAACACCAAGAGCUGAACUCCAGCACUUCCUUCCUGACCCAAUGGACCAACAAUGAGUGAUGUGCAUAGGCAGCACAAAAAGAUGUACUUCUGAGCUCAUUAGUUCACCACUACUGUGUUAAAUGUUCUUAAAAAAUAUUUUUCCAUGUUUAUAGAAAUCCUAGCUUUUAAUAGUUCUCCUCUGUUUGCAACGUUUAAAGAUACUCAGAAAUAAGCUUCCAGAUUUUAGAAAUGUAUAGAACGAAAAAGGAAAUGCUGCACAGUAACUGUGAAGUCACCAUAAUAUUUUACCGAGGCCUGUUGCUGGAUUGUAUCUCAGAUGUGAAGCCUCAGUCUGCUGUACACACUGGAUGUGUAAUGUCUUUUAUAUCAGCAUACCUUCCCUAUUUUUAUACCCUUUAAUUACAAGUAAAGGAAGCAUUUAAGGACAGCAAGCAUCCUCUUAAGUCAGAGUUGUUUCACGUUUUAAAGAGUUAAAAUAAAAGCAAAUGUUCUUUAA